AUGGCAAUCGUGGAAGGAUGGCUCCCCGCGAGUCGCGAGAACUGGGAGACCCUGAUGUGGUGGUGGCAGUUUUACCCAAUUAUGGCUUCCACACAGUGGCUCACUUCGUGGUACGGCAUGGGUAAGACAUCCGUUGAUAGCAAACUCAACCUCCCCGGCCGCAUCGCGUGGUUCACUAUGGAGAUACCCGGCUUCAUCACUCUCCUCUACAUCAUGACCACCUUGCCCGCCCAGCACGGUAUCACCGACCUGCCGUGGCAGAACAAGGUGCUCGCUUCACUAUUCGUCAUGCAUUACAUCUAUCGCGCCGUCUUCUUCCCUUUCCUGCAGCCGUCCAUGUCCCCGAUUCACUUCAACAUCUGGUCAAAUGCCAUCGUCUUCCAAGUCGUCAAUGGUACCGCCAUCGGCUGCUGGUUGGCCGCUUACGGCCCUACUACUCAAGCGCAGUGGGAGGCUCAAGGCUUCUCCGUCGCUCAAUUUGCUCUUGGUCUCGUUGUCUUUUAUGUUGGGUUGACCGGCAACUAUUUCUCCGACGAGGAGCUCCGUGAGAUCCGACGCAGUGAGAUGAGGCGCCAGGAGAAGCUAAGGGAGCAGGGAAAGACCGUUGACAAGCACUACGAAGUUCCCCAGAACGGCCUUUUCAAGUACAUGCUCUUCCCACACUAUUUCAUGGAGUGGGUUGAAUGGACGGGCUAUUGGAUCGCUGGUGGCCUCGCUUUUACCCCCGCACGGUGCUUCUUGCUAAACGAGUUCUUUGCCAUGCUUCCUCGCGCUGUUGCCGGUGGCAAAUGGUAUAAAGAGAAGUUCGGCGAGGACAAAAUCAAGGGGAAAUAUGUCAUUAUUCCCGGAGUUUACUAG